CCCACAUACCUCUCCUUAUCAUCCAAGGUUGAAGGCUCCCAUCUCUCUCACUCAAUCUCUCUCUCUCUCUCAACCAUGCGGACACCACCCGGGGCAAUCAACAACAAUGGCGGCAACGGGAACUCCUGCUCACCCUCCACAUGCUCGUCAGCUUCUUCACCCAUUUCACCUUCUUCACAGGUCAUCCAAACCCCGCCGUCAGCCAGACAAUUCAUGGAAGAAGUGUGGAAAGACAUCAGCCUAGCCUCUCUUCGUGACAAUUCCAACAACACCCUCUCCUCCUCCAUCGCCGCCACCAACGACCACCCUUCUGGUUUUUGUGGUAUGAUAUUCCAAGACUUCUUGCCUCGAUCUACCAACAAAGUCCUACCAACGUCCGUAGAGACGUCCACUUUCUUAGGUUCUCCGGCGCCGCCUCCGGCCACGAGGCUGAGCUUGAAUUCUGCGUCUAAUUUUGCAUACCUUGAAAGCCAUACUCCUAUUAAGCAAAACCCACAACUGCCAAGUCAUGCCAGUGUCUUCACUACACCUAAUUAUUUUGUUUCUUCCUCGAACUCUCCCGUCGGCGCUUUGGGUUCCUCUUCAUUAUUCCCUUCUUAUUGCAAGAAAAGGGUUCAAGAAUAUGGUGAUGAUUUCAGCGAUCGGAGACAUAAGCGCAUGAUCAAGAAUAGAGAGUCAGCCGCUCGUUCUAGAGCAAGGAAACAGGAAUCUCUCUCUCUUUUUUCCUCUUUCUAUUUCUUUGCGUUGACUUUAGUGGCUGAUGUGUUAAUUGCUGGGAUGUUGUUGUUUCAUACCGUUUUGAAUCUUUUGCAGGCUUACAGGACUGAGUUGGAAGUUGAACUUGCCCAUUUACAGGAAGAGAAUGCUAGGCUCAGAAGGCAGCAAGAGGAGGUCUGCUUGGUGGCCGCUACUCAGCUCCCAAGAAAACGCCGUAUCCAUAGAACCUUAACAGCUCCAUUCUGACAAGAAGAGAGAGAAUGGUUGGAAUAGGCGUCAACUGGGUUCUAAUGUUUAUCUGAGAAAACACUUGCAUCAAGUGGGGUGGAAAAAAGUAGAGAAGGAAAAGGCAUGUUUGAUUCCCAAGCUACAGGACCGACCGGUGGUGGGCAUUUCUUCAUUGCUUUUUAUGUCCCGUUACCUUGAAUCCUUGUCUUUUGUCCAUAUGUAUCUUUUUCUUGCCCAAUCAGGACAAGGUGGCCGGGGGACGAUGAUUUGCUAUUUUUGCUUGCCUAUAAAAAGAAGUGCGGUAUAACGAUGGGACAUGCUUGGCUAAUAAUAUAAACAAUCCUUUUAUAA